GGGAAGAAGGAGGGAGGAAGGGAGGAAGGAGGGGGGGCCCGGGGCGCUCCAGUGAGUGGAAAAAGAAAAAGUGCGUGCCGGAGAAAGCAGCGCAGAGAAAGAAGACUUGGCUCGGCCGUGGAGGAAGAGGAGGAAGAGGAGGACGAUGACGACGAACUGGAGCUCGAGCGGACCGAGCGUGUAGCCUCGCCCGCCGCCGCUUCUUGGCCAUUUCUUCGCUGCCGUCAAGCGAGCGCCCCCCAGCUUCGGCCUGCCGCGGACCAACUUUUGCCCGCAUGAAAACAACUCAACGCGGCUCGGCUGAGCGGUGCGAACGAAGGCGACGAGCUGCCGCUGCCGUUUUCCUAUCUUGUCUUUUCUUUUCUUUUUUGCUUUGGUUUCGUUCGGGGCCACUCGGUCGGUUGAGGACAAACACUGCAGGACCGACGGGCUAACGCGGCUAAGCGGCUAAAAGCCCAGGCAGAAAAAAGUUGCCACUCGACGGGAAAAGUCAGCGAAGAAGCCCGCCGACGAGCGCAAUGAAGACCCCGGGCGACCCGGGCUUCGCCUUCCCCGAGUGGGCCUACAAGCCCGAGUCCAGCCCGGGCUCGCGGCAGAUCCAGCUGUGGCACUUCAUCCUGGAACUGCUGCGCAAGGAGGAGUACCACGACGUCAUCGCCUGGCAGGGCGACUACGGCGAGUUUGUCAUCAAGGACCCGGACGAGGUGGCCCGCCUUUGGGGCGCCCGCAAGUGCAAGCCGCAGAUGAACUACGACAAGCUCAGUCGCGCCCUCAGGUACUACUACAACAAGAGGAUCCUCCACAAGACCAAAGGCAAGAGGUUCACCUACAAGUUCAACUUCAACAAACUGGUGCUGGUCAACUACCCCUUCAUUGACAUUGGCUCUGGUCGCGGCGUCCCGCAGAGCGCCCCGCCAGUGCCCACGGGGGGCACCCACUUCCGCUUCCCCUCCUCCACUGCGUCGGACGUGCUGUCGUCCAGCGAGGAGCUUCGCAGUCCGGGCGUCUUCAGUAGCGUGGCGCGGCGCAUGGCCCGCGGUUCCGUCAGCGACUGCAGCGACGGCACCUCCACCAACUCGGAGCUGGAGGAGGCGACGGGGGCGGAAGAGCGGGGCGUGGGUCCCGAGAGGGCCUUCAGGGGGCUCCUGCCGCCCCGCCUGCCUCACGAGUCUCUCUUCAGGCUCUACGGCGCCGCCCCCAACCCGGCGGGGCUCCCCAGGCCUCACAGGGUCCACGCGGAUCCGUUGUCUCCCUUCCCGGUGUCCCCCCUGCCGGGCCCCGGAGGACUCCUGGCCCCGACUCUUUCCCCGGCCCUCUCCGUGACCCCCACCCCGCACCUGCCUUACACCCCCUCCCCGUCCCUCCCCUCCCCCAUGAUGGGCUCCCACUUCUCCUUCAACCCGGAGGACAUGAAGCACUACCUUCAGGCCCACACCCAGUCUGUCUACAACUACCACCUCAGCCCCCGCGCCUUCCUCCACUACCCCAACAUCGUCAUCCCGCAGCCCCACCGCCCCACCCUGGAGAAGCCGGCCCCCCACCACCUCCACGGCCCGCCCCUGCCGCUCUCCCAUUCGCUAGGGGGGCAGCCGGGGGGCGGCGGCGGCGGCGAGGAGGCCUUCAAGUUCAAGCUGCAGCCGCCGCCUCUCGGGCGCAAGCAGAGGGAAGCGGGAAGCUCGCUGGCGGCGGCGUCGUCCUCUUCAUCCUCGUCGGCGGGACAGUCCUCCUUGUUCACGGCGGCGCCCAAGAUCAAGGUGGAACCCAUAUCCGACAUAGAGUCUGAGGAGGAGGUGGAAGUGACCGACAUCAGCGAGGAAGACGAGCUGAACCCCGAGGAUGACGACAUCUUCGCACCUUUGUCCCAUCAUCAGCUCCACGAUCAUUCCAAGGCGAACGGCGGCCCCUGCGCCCCCCACCCGCAGCCGCCCUCCCGCCCCGACGGCGACCUGGACGACGACGACGACGACGAGGUCUUCAAGACUCCGGCCACCCCGCCUCUCGGCGCCGGGCACUCGCCGUUCCCGCUGCUCAGCCCGAAGACGGAGCCGGCGGCGCCCGUCAGCCCCGGCGGCACCCGCUGCAUCCCGCUCAAACUGCGCUUCAAGCGGCGCUGGAGCGAAGACCAAAAGAUGGAGGCGGAUGGCGAGCGGGACGAAGCCGAGGACAAGAAGGUGAGGGCCGAGGGGCGCGAGGAGACGCGGGAGAGGGAGGGCCCUGUGGACAACGGGGGCGGACGGGGCCUGAUUUUGGGCCUGAUGAUGCCCCCGCCGCCCGCCCAGCGCAGGGCCAGCUCGGAGCUGCAGAGAGCCACCGCUCAGUUGUCCCUGGAGAACGCCAGCUGCUGAGAGUCCAAAGCUCUCGGCCCCAGACACGGCGUGGCGACAUUUUUCGGAACUCUGCUCACGAUGUACUGUAAACGCAAUACGCGCACAAAAUGCCAACUUGUGGCCACCAAAUGGGUAUAACGUGCGCGCGAAACAAUUUGUUGGUUUCAUAUCAUUCCCGUGAGCGACUUGGAGGUUCGGGUAAGAAAUUGGAGGAGAUCGUUGACCCCAAAAUGGCGGACUUUCGUGCGUGGCUCCUGAAGACUUUCUUGUAGGUGGACUCAUGAUAGACGUGCCUACCAAAUUUCAAACUGCUCUCAGGAGCAGUUAGAUUUAGAUUUUUAAUUCCAGGGGAUCCCUGGAAAUGAGUCCUACAAAGACAAACUGCAAUUCCUCUACUUCGAAUUGACUCCCUCCACUGAGCUCUAGCUCCUUAAUGCUUCUGUCUCAUUCGUUUUGGUUCAUUUGAAAAUCCCCAAAAAACUUUUCUUUUUUUUUUUUCACCAUUCUUCCCCUACUUGCAGUUAGUUCUUUUUUUGUUUUUUGGUACAGAAUCCUCCGAAAUGUUGUCUAAAUUUAACUCCAUCCUCCGGAUCUAGCGAUCUAGCGAUUUCACACUCCUGACUCGUUAGCUUCGAUUCAUUUGAGAGCGUUCAACCAAGACUUUCGUAGGAUUUUGGACAAAAAAGCUUUGUCCUACUCCAUUUUGCAGCGGUGACCCAAAAAGCUUGAAAAAGCUCAUUUUCCCUUUUUUGUUUUUUGUACAAACUCCUACUUAAGUCUUGGUCGAACUUAUUUUGUUUUAAAGAUUACAAUUCGUACGCUAGUUACAUAUACAUUUGUUGGUCACCCCUGAAAAAUAAUCUUAAUAAUCUUCAUCUUCUACCCGUGUUUCACUAUUCCGUGGCCACAAAUGGUCAUUUUGUGCGUGUGUUGUAUCUGCAUGGUGGCCCCAAUUUUGGGGCGGGGUCACACACUCCUCCAAGGACAACACGUUUGGCCGAUCACAGUCCAAUAAAUGGCUGUCAGUCGUGAGCGGCAAAGGUCAUCGGACCCUUUGGGGGCAGGUGGCGAGACCUCCUUCGGUUGAUUUGACACAAGUGCUUCGUGGCGGUUUUGCAAGAUGGCUUCCAGACUGAAGAGGAAUUCCUGGCGUCGCGGCCGGGAACAUUCCGGACUUUACGGAACCGCUUCUUCCUGGACGGCGGGGACGUUUGAACACUUUCAGGAAGUGACUCAGACUCGCCGGCGGCCAUGUUGAGCUGGCGGGGCGGACAUUUUGUCCUUUCUGCUUACUAUGAAACUUGAGCGUUUUUGGAGCUUUGGCGAAUCCCGUCGUCAUUCCCGUCGUUUCCAAAGACUCCCGGCUUAGCGUGUCACUGUGUUUUUUUUUGGGGGGGGAGGGGCAUUCUGCUUCGCCGAACCUCUUUUUUUGUUUUUUCUCUCUUUUUUGUUUGUUUGUUUUUUUACUGGCAACGACCCCGGGGGACCGACAUGGCUUUGGGGGAGCGCCGCUGCCGCCAAUGUCAAAAGCGAAACUCAGGCAGAGAGCUUAUUUUUCAUGACUUCAAAAAUUAUAUUUCCAAUUUAAAUCCAAUCAAGCGUGCCUUUUAAAGCACCAUGUGCCAACAUGCCUUCUGUUUUUAAACAUCAAAUUACACAUACGAUAUAUAUUUUUGUCAAAAAAAAAAAUCCAAAUGUUAUAUUUCAAUAUGGUCAUUUGAUACAAAUCGGCAAACAAAGCUUAUUUUUCAUGCUGAAGAUGUGUGUGUGUGAGCGUGUUUGUGUGUGUGUGUGUGUGUAUAUAUAUAUAUAUAUAUAUAUAUAUAUAUAUAUAUAUAUAUGUGUAUAUAUAUACAUAUAUAUGUGUAUAUAUAUACAUAUAUAUGUGUAUAUAUAUACAUAUAUGUGUAUAUAUAUAUACAUGUGUGUGUGUAUAUAUAUAUAUAUAUAUAUAUAUAUAUAUGUGUGUGUAUAUAUAUAUAAUUGUAUAUAACUGCCAUUGUAUUAGCACAUCUUUGCCUUCUCCGCGCAGCAAAACGGCGCCAUCAGAGUUUAUAUUUAAAUAGUUCCAAAUUGAAUAGACAGUUAGGAGCCCGCGUCAACAUGAAAACAACGCAUACAUAAUUUUGGCCCAAAGCUGGCGCCAUGCUCUGAUUGGCUGAGACUUGGACUGCGAAUCAACACACACACACACACACACGUGUAAGAUGACAUCACAGACAAGAUGGCCAUAGAAACGACACACACCCUUUCCACAAACACACACAGGAAAUGACAUCACUAAACCUCAGCGCAGCGUGGAGAGAGCGGGACUUCCCAUCGCAGGACUCGCUUAGUGUGUGCGUGCGUGUGUGUAUGUUAGAGUGUGCACGCCUAGCUGUAUAUGUGUGUGAGGGAGUUUGUGGCAGUGUGUGUUUGUUAGUGUGCGUGUGUUGGAGUUUGUGAGUGCGUGCAUGUAUUGGUUUCCACAGUUCCACACACGAAGCCAGCUGCGGUCUUGCACGUUUUCGUCAUUUUGGUGGGAGAAUACGCCAUUUUGACUCUUAAAAAAUUUUUUUUUUUUUUUUUAAACAAAGCGGAUGAAACCUCCUACAUUGUGUAUUUUUUAAAUGUUUUUUUUUGUGUUUUUCCCAGUAGCAAGACAGCGCCACCUGUGUCGGGUCAAGAAAUCAUCACACCUCCCCACAGACACAUAUUACUGUUACUAUAGUAAUGAUAUUGUAUCGCAAUAUUAACCAGUUCAUUUCGUACAUACUUUUCGCUCAGCCGCUUGUUGCUUUUUUUUUUUGUUUCCGGUGAAUGCAUUUUUUUGGUUCCAGUUUGCACUCUUUCUUUCUUUCUCUUUCUAGUGGACGUUUUUUUUUUUGUAACUUUUUUUCUAUUUUUUACAAGCGUGUAACCCAAGAAACCAUUGUUUUCUUUUUUUAAUUACUAUUAUUAAUGCUGUGUGUAUAUAUUUUUUUUCAUAUUUGGAGGCUUCUGUAAGGAAAAUGUGUUCAAAAAAAAGAAACAAAAAAGAGCAUUGUAAUGUUUGACUGUGUUAUUCCACUCGUCGGCGUCUCCUCAGCUGCUGUCAAUCAACAUGAUUGACAGCUCAGUGGAGGAGGAGGAGGAGGAGGCGACCGCCUUAAGUUUCUCUUUCUGUGUUUCAGCUUCACGUGUAAUUAAAACAAUAAUCAGGGUUCAUUAAAAAAAAGGUAAAAAUG